AUGAUGGCCGACCGAUGUUUCGUGCGAGUGAACAGUUCGGACGACAACUUCUGGAAAAGAUGUAUUCAAGAGGAGGCGCGCCUUCAUAACUUCACCGACGCCGAAGUGGUGAUUUUCACCGUCGCGUACUCCGUGCUCUGCAGCGUCGGCAUCAUCGCCAACGGCCUGGUGAUAUACGUGAUCUGGCGAUCGAAGAAACACUGUUGUCCGCGAGAAGUGUUCACCAUCAACCUGGCCGUGGCUAACUUCAUAUUAGCCGCCUUGUACAUCCCGUUCCUGUGGAUGCCGGUCUACCAGGGAAGCUUCGAGCACAGCGUCUUCCUGUGCAAGUUCACGAACGCGCUGCCGGGCAGCAACAUCUACUGUUCGACGCUGACCAUCGUCGUCAUGGCCGUCGACCGGUACCGAGUGGUGACCACGUCUCACCAAGUGUCGCAAACGCGUUCCUGUCAGAAUCUGAAGGCGACGUUCGUCGCCAUCGGUAUAUGGGUCGUCUCGUUCGCGCUGUCGUUGCCUUACCUCAUCAGUUACGACGUGGACUCGGUCGUGUUCCCGAUGCAACUAGCGAAGAUGUACAACAAGUCUGAGGAAGUGGUACUGUUCAGCACGUGUACGCUGCGGCCGUCGUUCUGUUUCAACGAGUCGUACUCGGAACAAGAGGAACGUAACUGCAUUCGCAAUACCGAAAUCAUGGUCAGUUCUCUGCAGGCGAUUUUCCUUUACUUCCUGCCGCUGUUUGUGUUGACCAUCUACAACUUUCGCCUCACCCGCUUCCUGACCCUCAUGGAGAGGCGUAGGUUCAAAUCGAUGGAGGCCGAAUCGAAGAUGCAGAGACAACGAGAAAUGAAGGCGAUUCGGCAGGCCAGGAGGAACAGGGCUACGGUGUUGCUGUGUGCGAUGGCCGGCAUCUACGCGUUGGUGUGGUUGCCGUUCGAAAUUCUCAGUCUGUUCAUCCACCUGCGCCAAUCAGCGUGGAAGAACGAAACCGUGCAAACUAUCAUUCGCCUCGAUGAGACCUUCAAGCUCAUUACCACUAUGUCCCUGUGGAUCAACCCGGUGAUUUAUGGCUUUCUGAAUCAGGAGUUUAAGCGCCUACCAGAUCCUUCACAAGCACUUGUUCCUGAUUUGUUCCUGGCCAUCGAGUGCCAUCAUGACGUUUGUUCGGAGCCACUCGACUCAUUGCUGAAAAUGAUGUCGUUCGUCACUUCUCUUGACGUUCACCUAUUCGCGGAUAUAGUUUGCAAAAUAACCGAAAUAACCGCUUAA